AUGGAUUUCAACUUUGCAAAAUUUUACCAUCAGCAAAAACUAUUGAACACCGAAAUCUCGGAUUUAGACAUUGCCAUACUAUACCUCUCACAACAAGAAACAAUGGCAAAAGAGAGCACAAGUCCCGCUAAACCAAAAAAGGUACCAAACCAUCCGAAAUACGAAGAUAUGAUUCAUGCCGCCAAGAUAUUAAGAAGUACAUUGUCAAUACAUAUAAACUUCCCGACAACAAUGUUACGAAGAACCGUUUCCGAUUGGCUGUCAAUAAAGGCGUCAAGAAUGGACUUUUAUUUUUUCCCAAUGGCACAAGUGGCAAUAUCAAAGUUGUAA